CGCUCAGACACGCCAGAUGGAGACAACCGGAUCAGAGGGACAUGAUAUAGAGCGUCGUUCUUCUUUUUGAGAGAGAAAAAAAACGCAAGAGGAAGGAAUUGUACACGCACGGAGGGGAAAAAAUAGGAAAAGAAGCCGAUUUCUAUAUCGAAUGGACUCCGGUCGCUCAACCGCAGCGCAGCGUCUUCCGUGCCGCAACAUGAACGCGGAUUUAUUCAAGCCCGUCCCGGAGCGCGGACACCACCACCAGUCCACCGCCUCGACGAAGAACAACAGGAAUAAACCCGAGCAGAUCAAGCCCGAGGUGGCCCAGGUGGUGACGGACGCCAAGACGGGAAGGUCCUACAGCAAAGGGAAGCUUCUGGGCAAGGGUGGCUUUGCACGAUGCUACGAGAUGACAGACCUUUCCAACAACAAGAUGUAUGCUGUGAAGGUGAUUCCACAGAGCAGAGUCUCCAAGCCACACCAGAAGGAAAAGAUCACGAACGAGAUAGAGCUCCACAGAUCCCUGUCGCACAAGCAUGUGGUGAAAUUCUCCCAUUAUUUCGAGGACCAUGAAAACAUCUACAUCUUCCUGGAGCUCUGCAGUCGGAAGUCCCUGGCGCACAUCUGGAAGGAGAGGCGCACUCUGACGGAGCCAGAGGUGCGAUACUACCUCAGGCAGAUCAUAUCCGGCCUCAAGUACCUCCACAGCCGGGGGAUCCUGCACCGAGACCUCAAACUAGGUAACUUCUUUAUCAACGAGAACAUGGAGCUGCGGCUGGGAGAUUUUGGCCUCGCUGCCAAGCUGGAGACUGUGGAACAGAGGAAAAAAACAAUCUGCGGAACCCCUAACUACUUGGCCCCCGAGGUGCUCAACAGGCAGGGUCACGGCACAGAGUCCGACGUCUGGUCGCUCGGCUGCGUCAUGUACACACUGAUGUGUGGCAACCCUCCCUUUGAGACGCUCGACUUGAAAGAGACGUACAAGUGCAUAAAGGAAGUUCGGUACACCCUUCCCUCCACAAUCUCCCCCGCUGCACAGAAGCUCAUCUCGGGCAUCUUGCAGAAAAAUCCCAGCGACAGACUCACUCUGGAUCAGAUUCUCAACCACGAGUUUUUCAACAAAGCUUUCACCCCCGACAAACUUCCCCCCAGCAGCUGUGUGAUGGUACCAGAGCUCCAUCCUCCAAGCCCGGCCAAGAAAUUCUUCACUAAAAUGGCCAAGAGCUUCUUUGGCAAGAAAAAGGCAAAAGCAGAGAAGAUUCCAUGCGAGGAAAAAGACGACAAGGACAUUUCCAAGCUGGUGUCGGGCAUCGUUAAGUGUUCCAUCAACCGGCAGAUAAGCCACAAAACAGUGGGAGCCAAUGAGGGGCCUUCUCCUGCUGCUCAGCUGGUCAGCCCUGUGCCUCUGGAACAGACUCCUGCCGAGGAGGAAUCCAGGAAGUCCAUAUCCCGAUCCUUCAAGGGCACCAUGGCCAGCAGCACUGAACCAUGUGAAGAUGUCCUGACUCCUUCAGCUGUUGCGGAAGCUGCCAUCAAGGUGCUCAACAGCUGCCUGGCCACCAUGCCUGCAGCUACCAGAAACCCGCCCUGUUUGUCCAGGCCUCAGUCCUUCCUGUGGGUCACGAAAUGGGUCGACUACUCCAACAAAUAUGGUUUCGGCUACCAGCUGUCAAACCAAAGCAUCGGCGUGCUCUUCAAUGAGGGGACGCAUCUCAGCCUUUGUGACCAACGCAGGACGGUUCAUUACUGCUUGACCAACAACAAGCACUUCACGUUCCCGACCCAGUCGCUACCCGAGCAGCUUCGCAGCCAGAAACAGAUUGUUGAACUCAUGGCCAACUACAUGGAGCAGAACCUGAUGGAGGGUGGAGAUCUGCCUUGUGAGGACCAGAACUCCAGCGCCCCUCCUCUGCUGCUUCAGUGGGUGAAGACUGACCACGCUCUCGUCAUGCUCUUCAACAACGGCACCCUGCAGGUGAAUUUCUACACCGACCACACAAAGAUCAUCCUGUGCAAGUCGUCCGACGACGCCUACCUGCUCACCUACAUCAGCCGGGAGCGUGUUUCAUACACGUACCUCCUCAGCAUGCUGAUGGACCUGGGCUGCACCGCCGAGCUACGCCACCGGCUCAGAUAUGUGGUCCAGCUGCUCCAGCACCACACCGACGCCUGAGAGCGCAGCUCUGAUUCCUUCAGGCUGAGAGGCAGAUGCUUCAGAAGCAGCCGGACUAGUUACUGACUUCCUUUUUUUUUUUUUUUUUUUUUUUUUUUUCCUUACUUGGCCUUUGCUAUUUUUUUUUUGUUUACGUUCCUCAUGGCAGUGCAGAGGGCAGGUGAAGCCUGUUUUUUAUUUUAACUGAUGAAACGCCGCUCAACUUGACUGAGUGACAAUCUUUCCUGGACCGCCGUUGGCGGGCGGAUUGGUUUGAAUGACCUUGAUGACGUUGAGCGACCGUGAAGUUACCCAAAGAAGCGUCUGCCUGAAGGGUUUGUGCCUACCAGUUUCUGCCUCAAAAGGUGUCCACCUGGAAGGUUUUGAUGCCUGAUAGAAGAGCUUGGUACCUUGUGUGAAUCGACGGAGAGCGAGUACGUGAAGACCCUCCUUAACUUUCCUUUAAUCACUCAGAACCACUGCUUCUUGGACGGACCUUUGGAACGCCAAUGACCCUGCAGCCUGUCAGCCGGCGGCUGACUGUGCAGGCACGGUUUCUCAAAGGUUCCUAAACACUAAAACAAAACUGUUCAAACGGCUUGCAAAUGAAAAAGGGUUGGUCUUGUGGUUGAAAUGCAGUGAGGCUUUUUUUUUUUUUUUUUUUUAUUAUUUUUUUGUCUGAAAUGCAUUUCAGCAGCAAGUUCCUCCCCCCUGUAGACUGCAACUGUGAUCUUUUUAAGCUGAGUUGCUCUCGGAUUUCAGAAUAGUUUGACUUGAGAGAGAGAACCUCCUACCCUCGGUCGUUUUCUGGCCUUUAUGGAACAUGGCGCACAUUCAUUUUGUUUUUUUUUUUUUUUUUAUAUAAUUUUUUUUUUUCUCUGAAAAUGAGCCAACAGGUCACUUAAGAUCUGAACCUCACACGCACAAUAUUUCUGGGCUCAUUUAAUGAAGGCGAUACUAAACUAUUGCUUCUUUUGAGGCAAUGUCACAUUUUUCUUUUUCUUUUUUUUUUCUUUUUUUUAUUUGAUGCAAAUUUCACAAAUGCGGUACACGAGAUGCUACAGGGACGAACACUGAUUCUGCACUUUUAUUUCGUUUAACUUUUUUUGAUAACUACAUUUUUUGUUUUGUUUUAUACUCACUUGUUGAAUUUUACUAUACAGUUUUUAACCAAAUAUAUUAAAGGUUUCGUUUUUAAAAAGGAUUCCGUUUUUAAAUUCACGCGCAAUAGGUGAAUGUGUGUCCUCUACACAAGCGCCAGGAAAUGAGGUGACGUCAUUGGGAAUGUGAGGGUGUGGAGGUUUGGAUAAAAGUGCCUUUCUGAGGGAUGUCUGUAUAGUGUAAUAACAACCCUUUGAUGAAUGUCGAGCUGGCUACGAGCAAGAUGUCAGAUGGGUUUUUAAAAGGUGGGGUUUACUUUUGCACUUCGAGCCAAGUUUAAAAGUAAACCCAAUAGCACUACACUCACUACCUGGUAUAAGCUUUUAGAACAACUGUUAUAAGUAUAUAGCCCAAUAAUAUCCUCUAUGGAGAAAAAAAGGAAACCUUGUAUUCUGUCGUACUGUACUGUAAUCCUUCUGGUUUACAUUGCUUUCAUGAUCCAGAGUUGUAUCCUUAAAACUGUGACCUGGAAUGCAAGUAUUUCUUACACGUGUUCCCUAAAAACACCCAGUGUUGUGAAAGCCAUCAGCCAAUUCAGAAGAAUCUUUAUUUUUUUGGCACAUAAUGUCUAUUUAUUUUUUUAUUUAUACAUGUUCAUGUGUUUUUUUUGUCUUUUUUUCUUUUCUUUUUUUAUUUAUUGUGUAAAAGUUGCGGUAUUGACAAGAGGAAAUGUUAAAUUCCGAUCACCUUUUUUUUUUGUAUGUCAUGUUUUGGGGAGGGAAGAAAUGGGACAAAAAUAAAGUUUAUUGAAAAUA